GGCAGGAACACCAGCAGGGAGAGCUCCACUCCCAGCAUGACAUCAGAAGCCAGCAGCAUCAUGCUAGUUCCUGUUGGUGAUCGUUACACCAUGAUGGACUUUGCUGCAGCCCACUUCCAAGAGGCUCAGUCCCUGCUGGGAGGGAAGGGGACGUCUGGUGAAAAGAAGAGUGCAGCUGACCUGGUCCAGCACACCAAGGUCCCGAUCCAGGGGUCUUUGCUCCACUACUCUGAUAGUGAGCUGAGUGAGCUGGCUGCAAAGAACUUCCUGAGUAACUGUAAUGCGGUUCAUGGGAGACCAUCCAAAGCUCAAGAACCAGAAUGAGGUUGAAUGCAUCUUUGAAAUCCUUCAGCUGUGCAAGGAGAAGGAGACUUUGCACGAUGAGGUGUACUGCCAGGUCAUCAAGCAGGUCACACACAACCCUAAACUGGAGAGUUUGAUGCGUGGCUGGCUACUCCUGAACCUGCUCACGGGCUAUUUCCUCCCUUCCAACACGCUCAUGCCCUACGCCACCAAGUUCCUGCAGCAAGCCAGCAGCGAUCCGUCCAGCACCCACCACGAUAUAGCCAAGAUCUGCCAGAGCAACCUGCGGAAAAACGUCAUGUACGGGGGCCGUCGGCACCUCCCUUUCCCUGUGGAGAUGGAGGCAUUGCUGGUAUGGAGGGGCAGAGGAGUGGGGACACGGGGACAAGAGGGAGGGCAGAAGGGGCACGCGGCGCGCCGGCUGGUGAUCUUCAUGCCUGGAGGUGUGGAAUAUCUCACCAGAAUCAAGACCUUUACUGUAGGCAAGGAGCUCCUGCAGGAGAUCUGUGAGCAGAUGGGAGCAGGCGAGCAGGAAGAGAUCCGGGAAUUUGCUCUCUUUGCCAUCAGGACCAUCGCCAAUAACCCCGUGAAAAUGGUGAGGCCGAUGAGAUCGGAGGAAUAUCUUCACGAUUACCUGCUGGAGGAUAACUUGAUCACCAUGAGUUUACGGAGGGUCACGUGGAAAACGCCUCUGCACUUUGAGAACAGUAUUUAUACUGAUUUCCAUUAUGGACAGAUACUGUGGGAUUACGUGAAUGGGAGGAUUCUGCUGGGCUACGGCAAAGAAGUGGAGAUGCAGAUCAGCAUUUUGGCAAUGCUCCAGCACUGGGCCAAAACAACAGAGCAGCAGAGCACUGCUCCCUCCAGGGAGGAGCUGCAGGAGUACACGCCGAAGCUGCUCUGCUGA